CCGGGUGGCGUGAGGGGCCCGCUCGGAGGACUGCCGGUGCACUGCGGCGCUGCUCAGAGCCGGAGUGGGGAUGACGGACGAGCCCAGAGGGCACUGCUGAGGAAGCCGAGACUGGCGGCCUUUUUGGGGAGAUCGAGGUGUUCCCUAGGGGACGAGGAGGCGCCCCAGGGCGGACGGAAGUCCACUACUGGGUGCGGGAGGUCCUGGUGAGGGGGAAGCCUUGGAGUAAAAGUCCCUCGCAAUUUCCGACUGUUGGAAGAACUCGAAGAAGGCCAGAAAGGAGUAGGAGAUGGCACAGUUAGCUGGGGUCUAGAAGAUGACGAAGACAUGACACUUACAAGAUGGACAGGGAUGAUAAUUGGGCCUCCAAGAACGAUUUAUGAAAACCGGAUAUACAGCCUUAAAAUAGAAUGUGGACCUAAAUACCCAGAAGCACCCCCCUUUGUAAGAUUUGUAACAAAAAUUAAUAUGAAUGGAGUUAAUAGUUCUAAUGGAGUGGUGGACCCAAGAGCCAUAUCAGUGCUAGCAAAAUGGCAGAAUUCAUAUAGCAUCAAAGUUGUCCUGCAAGAGCUCCGGCGCCUAAUGAUGUCUAAAGAAAAUAUGAAACUCCCCCAGCCGCCUGAAGGACAGUGUUACAGCAAUUAAUCAAAAAGAAAAACCACAGGCCCUCCCCUUCCCCCCAUUCGAUGUAAGCAGUCUUCAUUUCCACAGUAGUAAAUUUUCUAGAUUACGUCUUGUAGACCUCAAAGUACUGGGAAGGAAGCUCCCAUUCAAAUGCAAUUAUCUUAAGAUACUGUAAAUGAUACUAAUUUUGUGUCCAUUUGAAACAUAUAAGUUGUGCUAUAACAAAUCAUCCUGUCAGGUGUAACCACUGUCCACGUAGCUGAACUCCUGGGAUCAAGAAAGUAUAUUUAAAUUGAUCCCCAUCGUAACUGGUGGGGCACAUCUAACUCAACUGUGAAAAGACACAUCACACAAUCACCUUGCUGCUGAUUACAUGGCCUGGGGUCUCUGCCUUCUCCCCUUUCCCUUCCCCCUGCCUUCAUCCCUCUCUCCCUGCAACAGCCCUCCAGCUUGGGGUGGCUUGUUAGACUAGAUGUGAAGGUUCCGAGUCACAGCCUAUGGGACUACUGCUGGGUGUGUGGGGUGCUUAAGUCUUAAAGGAUGCCCCCCAUUCCAAGCCAUUGUCCUUCCCCACUCUCUGCCACUGCUGCCCUUGGCCGAAGCAUAGAUUGUAAUCCCCUCUGCUGCUCCCCUCUGAAAUUGGCCUUUGGUGAGGAAUUCAGGGCUUUCCCCAUAUCUUCUCUCCCGCCCCACCACCUGAUCGAGGGGUGCUGCUUUUUCCUUCCUCCUCCCAAAGCCCCUUCCUGCACCGUCACCACCCCACACUGUCUGUGACACUUCCUUGCUUUGGCCAGGAGCCAUCAGGUAAGGCUGGAAAGAGGCUCAGACCUCCUUCAUUUAGUUUUGUAACCACGUUGAUUUACUCUCUACCAGCCUGGGACACGACUAUGAGGUCCCCAGCCCUGCCACCCUCUGCUGUCACUGUUAGUUGAUGCAUUGUUUCAGCUCAGGUUUUGAUGGUGGUGACCAGAAAAGUCACCAGGGUUACCAGACCUGCCAGCUCUCAGAGUCCUUGAUGGUUAAACUUGGAGAAAGGCCACAGGAAGACACCUGUAAGCACAUACGAUCCCUCUGAAUGUUUUCUUUUCCUGUAAUUUCUUUGCUUUUAAAAAUUGAAGAAGUUUUAAACCAGCAGGGCUCUCAUUUGGUCAUCCUUGCAAUCCAUUUGGGUCUAGUUUGGAGUCUGACAACUGGAACAAAAAGAACCUUGAAUUCGGUGCAUACUUUGAUUUCGGUGCUGCGGCUUUCUCACGAUCCUCAGCAGGGAUUAAGAAAGAACCCGGUGUGCACGGCAGACCCCAAGAUGGGCGGGCUUGGCCUCCUGGCAAAUUGCUGCGUUUGUCCACUUUUCUGUUCAGGACCACUAAAUGCUGAAAUGUGGAUGCAUACGGAAAUAAAAGCAAUUCAUUGGUUCUACAGGUUUUAUUUUUUGUUUUUUUUAAUUUAGUAUUUGAGUAAAAGCACCUUUUGAAGCAGCAGCUCUCAAGUCUGAAAAGCAAUUGAUGUCGACUUUAAUCUUUUUCUGGGGAAACCUUAGUUCUAAGGUUUUAACGUCCUGUAAGUGAAGUUGAACCUAACAGUAUUCCAUAAGCAGCCUUUUUAUUGUCAGACCAUUGCCUGAUUUUAAUAUAAUAAAAAAAAAAGUGUGCGUU